AUGAAUAGCUUCAAUCUUCUCUGUGUAAACAUACAUUUCUAUGCUGUAGCAGCUUUUAUUCCUCAUCCAGCAAUUCGAUUUGGUGGUCAAGCUGGAGAAAGUAUAACUCACACUGACAUGACACAACUUGGUUUUAUUCGUAGCCUUGGUCGAUUUUUUCUCGGCACUCAUCAUGGAAAUCAAGUUAACGCUGAAAUUUUCAACAGUACACAUACUAUCGACGAACUGUACCAAUUAGUGCAUCUCGAUUGGAGUAGUGACCAAGUGAAGCUUUAUUCGCAUCCAUUAAAGAGCAUAAUUGAUCAUAUUCAAGUAAGGGAUGCUCUGGUUGAUCUAAAUCCAUCGACAAAAGAUUUACCAUCAGCUCAUUUUGAUACUGAAUCGUUUAUUGAGAGCAAUCGUCGAAUUAUGGACUUGCGAAAAAAAGUUAUCGAAGAUGCAACCAAUCCGAAUAAAGAUCUAGAUUCAGCACGUGAAAAAAUUGGAGAUCUACUUCAUACACUUCAAGAUUUUUAUUCUCAUUCAAAUUGGAUUGAAAUGAGUAAAACAGAAAUAAAUCAUCGUAUCGGUAUGGAAGAAAAUAUUGGUCAAAUUGCUGACAUACAUCAAGCAACAUGUAUUAGUGACGGAUGUAAAAAUAUUAAAUCAAAAUGUAGUAUUUUACAAAAAUUAAUUCUCAAAAAUUGUCCUAUGGAAUAUUAUGAUUGUAAAAAUAAUAUUCGAGAUGAAAUUAAUAAACAAGACAUAUUGACUAAUGGUUAUAUGUCAAAUCAGUUGCAUGAAAAAGAAGAACCAUUAUUAAAACCUACCAACAUAGAAAAGUGUUCACAUGGUUCUGUAAUGGAUAAAACAGCGCAUCAAUCACCUUUUGGUGGUAUCAAUAAAGAUACCAUGACACCGGUGUAUUCUCCUCACUAUCAUUUGCACUUUGAAGCAGCUAAAUUGGCAAUACAAACUACUGAACAAUUCUUCAAUGAUUUGUGUAAAGAUAUAGGCAAUGAAAAUUUUGAUCGUCUAUUUGCUAUAAAUCUAACUGAAAAACACGUUGAAAUGGCAGUGACUGCCAUUGAAAACAAUGAAAAGUUUCAUUUUCUAACAGCAACACUUUCGAUUGGUUUAAGCAGCGGUGAUAUUAAUUUUCAAAAGAGAAUAAAACAACGUCUGCAAGAAAUUCUUUCAAUUGUUUUUGAUAACAAGGAUCCCGAUGUACCAACAUAUACUCUCAAUGACAUUGGCGUCGAUAGAAAUGCGAUGAACAUACAUUCAGGUUCAUUAUUGAUUGACAGUUCUAAAACUAUUAAAAGUAGACGACUUUCCCAACGUCGAUAG